AUGCAAGAAAAGCCGACAACGGUCGCCGCCUAUGCGGCCGGGGCCUCGCUCGCUGCCGUUGCUCUGUUCUACGUCUUCGGGCCGAACUACACAAUCGACGGAGAUGAGUCAAAUGACAGCAAUCGCAAGAAGAGCAUCGUUGGCUUGUCCAACAUGGCCAAUGACUGCUUUAUCAAUUCGGUGCUGCAGGCUUUAGCUGGCCUGGGGGAUCUGCGGGUUUACCUGAUCCAUGAGCUGCACCGGCGCCAGCUGGACGGACCGGAAAUAUACCAUACACUGCCCGAUGAUGAACUUACGCCGGCGCGGUCGGAUAAGUUACGGGAGUUGCAACAGGGGAUAAUCACACGGGCAUUGAAGGAGAUGCUGGACCGACUGAACGAGCGGCCAAUUUAUAAGAAAACGAUCUCGGCCCGCGACUUCAUCCAGGCUUUGGAGUACGCGUUCCGCACGCGCAUCAGCCGGAAUCAGCAGGACGCGCAGGAAUUCUUGCAGAUUGUUCUUGAGCGACUCUGCGAUGAGUACCAUGCUGGUGCGCGCGCACGUCAACGAGCACUGGAUGCUAUUGAUGCAGUUGCUUCUACCACGGGAGGCGAAGAGGGUAGCACACAAGAAAGCUCGUCCGAGGUGGAAGUGCGCAUCGAUGACGGAUCAGCCAAUGGACUGCCUGCCAUCAUCGACACGAAACUCAAGCAAAUUGACCAGGAGUCUGGGUUCCCGUUCGAAGGCAAAAUGGAGUCGCAGAUCGAGUGCCAGUUCUGUCAUUAUCAAUACAAGCCAAAUCAGACGGCUUUCGUCAACUUGACACUACAGGUGCCACAGAAGAGCUCAACUACGCUCAACUCCUGCUUCGAUGGCCUCCUCAAGACUGAAUAUAUCGAGGAUUUCCGCUGCGACCGAUGUCGCCUGCAGCAUGCUGUGGAUGCCAAGACCAAAGAGUUAGCCCGUGCUCGAACACAAGAUGAUCGAGAUCGGCUGGAUCAGGAAAUCACCCGCAUCCGCGAGGCUCUGGAGACGGACCCCGAGGCCGAGCUGGAGGGUAUCGUAUUCCCUCCGUCAGAGACCGUCCCCAAGCGCAGGAUCGCACGGCACAUGCGCAUCACCGCGUUCCCGAAGGUCAUUGCCAUCCACUUGUCGCGAUCGAUCUUUGAUCAGAGCAGCUCGAGCAAAAACGCGGCCAAGGUCUCCUUCCCAGAGCGGCUCCCCUUGGGUAGCAUUUUGAGCCAGAAGUGGUACAAGUUGCUUGCGAUUGUCUGCCACAAGGGUAGCCACCAUAGCGGACACUACGAAUCCUUCCGACGGAAUCAUAUCUACCCACCAUUCUCGACACCCGAGGUCUUCAGCUCCUAUGCGCAGAGUCGCACUGCUAGUCAGAACGCGUCCGCGGCGCCCAGUCCUCGGAUUGUACCACGCAGCAGUCCUGAUAUCGACGGCGAAGGAAGCAUUUCGAGAGCGGGAUCGUCGACCUCGCUAUCUGGAAUCUCGACCCCCGCUUCAGCGACCCAACUUACCCCUCCUCAACCGCGGCCUACAACCUCUGGCUCACGUCAUUCUUUCCAGAGCACCACCUCUCGUUCCUCUAAACAGACAUUGUCUCCUACCUCGGAUAGCAAUAGCCCGACGACGGACCAGGGUCGCUGGAGUCCUUCCCCGCGGCCUUCCCGCAGCGUACCCGGCCCUUCCCAGGAUACCCCCGCGGGGGUCAGUUCGCGGCUUCGGCGCCGUCGCAAACCGAACGAUCGCUGGUGGCGUAUCUCCGAUGAGAAGAUCAAGGAAUGUAAGACCUCGGACGUGCUGGGCAUGCAGAGGGAGGUCUACCUCUUGUUCUACGAGUUGGAGAAGCCUGAGACGAACCCUGAGGGACGUUGA